AUUCUGUGCAAAGCGCGUGCGCGCGACCGUCUGUUUUUAAACGAAUUAUAGCCGUUCGUAAAUAAAAUUUAUAUGGCAGUGGUGACACGUCCGUGUGGUAUAUUCCCGUGUGUGAGAAACAAAGGCUUUCAGGACAGAACUCCUCAAAAUGUCUGGACACUAAAAGCGACUUGCGACUUCUUGAAGACCCAACUAUGUAUAGUAGCGAUAUCUUUGACACUGUUCAACUCAGUCCGGUUGCCACGGGAGGCGUUCAGACAUGGAGCGGUGCCGUAUCUGGUGGUAUACUCCUUCUGGCUGCUGGUGGCUGGACUGCCGACGACCCUGCUGCAGUUGGCCAUGGGGCAGCUCUCACAGCAAGACCCUGUGGGCGUGUGGAGAGCUGUCCCUAUAUUGAGAGGAGUCGGCCAUUUAAGAAUCCUGACGUCAUACCUAUGCUGCGUCUACAACAUGAUGUAUGUGUCGUUAGCUGCAGCGUAUCUGAUAUGGAUCGGGAAAGGAUCGUUCCCUUUGAGGGAUUGCACUAAGCUACACAUUACUCCUCAAGGCUAUGAAAACAGAAUGAACGCUUCAGAAUGCUUUAAUGCAACAUUUUUGGCGCCAUUCACGGAAUACCCGCAGUAUCUCGGCAUAAUGUCAAUUUUAAUAUUCAUUUUAUGGUUCUUCGUGCCCAUUCUGUUAUUCCGUCUCCGAAAAUCCCUGAAAGUGUCUCUGAACAUUCUCGGGCCGCUGGUGAUCAUCAUGGUAGUGGUUCUGUGCACAUUUCUGGCUGAUAACCGGGUUUUGACGUCACUCUUCCGAUCCUGCAAGCACUGGGCGCCGCUGGCUGGGCCGUACAUAUGGCAGAGUGCAUUGGUGCAAGCCUUGCUGUCAUCGCAAGUUGUUGGGGGAUACUUGAUAUCUGCUGGGGGUACUGUAUAUAGACAGUCUGAUGUUCGAUGGACGUCAACAUUAGUGAUAACAACGAACGUCAUAGCCGGGUGGUUGUGGGUGUUAUUCUGGGAGCUGACCGGGGGUGAAGGAAAUAAGGAUACAAGCUUCAUAUCAAUUCUAGUCCUAAUAUACCAGUCUUCCAUAUCAGAAAAAAGGACCAAGGAAUGGCCUCUGCUUGCGUUUGGAGCGGUAUUUGUAUCGGGCGUUAUAACUUUGCUAAUACUCCUAUUCCCAAUCUACGAUAAGCUUCAAAGAAUGACAGGGGACCAUUGGCGGUUGGUAGCCACAGCAGGGUCUGCCGUCGGUACUGCGCUUACCGUCGCUAUCCUGGCCCGAGGGUUGGAAGUCGCCUCCAUACUUGACGAGCUCGUGGUCCCCAUCCUAGCCAUAUUCACCACUGCCGUCGAAGUUGUUGGAUUUGUGUUCAUUUAUGGUUGGUGUUACCUCACAGUCGAUAUAGAGUUCCUCACCGGGGGUAAGCUAUCUUGCUGUUGGAUGACCACCUGGUCUAUUACUCCAGUCCUUCUGUUCGGAGUAACGGGCUGGUGGCUUCGAGCCCUCAUCAGAUCCACCUGGGGCCAAAUGCAGACUUUAUGGCCUCUAGUCGCCGUCUUUGUCGCGAUUCUCGUGGUUAUGGUCAUUAUGGCAGCCGUAGCAGUCGCCAAAGAAGAACAGUAUAAUUUAUUUACGAAAAUAGCAGCAGCAUUCAGGCCGUCUCGACUGUGGGGCCCAGAAGAACCGCUAGCAAGAUACAUAUGGAUGUCCCAAAGAUACGCCAAUGACACGCUGAGUUCAGGCAAUGAUCACGUCGAAAACACCAACUACGCACAAAUAGUAUUCAAUAAAGAGAACGAGAAAAAAUACAACGACACCUCAUCCAAAAACAACGAAUCAUACCAAAGUACUUAUUAUGUUUACACCAAAAACGGACACAUAGAUGAUAGUGAAAGAGUAUUCCGAGAUGUAGGGCCAAUAUUAGCCAGUCAUAAUAUACCUAGAAGUAAAAAGAAAGUAAAAGAAGAAGACAAAUUUCGUUCUCCAAACAUCUGUAUAGCUAAAACAGAAUUAGGGGGUCCAAUAGAUUGUAAUUGUAACAGACAUUUUACUUUAAACGUGCCUAAUCUCAGAAAUACUGAAGUAAGUACCAGCCUAUAGAAUAAUGAAUUAAGGGUAAGCAUACAAAUAAUUUCUUAACUAGUCGAGUUAUUUAUUAAUGAAGCCUUCUAUGUAUAAGGAAUCCGAAAGGUUUUUACGUUUAAGGCAGGGACUACGUUGCAAUAAUUAAUUAUUUAUUCGAGAAAAUGGGGUUACAUUCAAAUCGAAACAAACGACAUAAUUAGUAAUAAACUUAAGUUGUAAUUCGAACGACGAUACAUCAUUGAAGUGAUUUAUGUACAAAAAUUGAGGACAUAAAUAUGAACUGUAAAAAUAUAAA